UCUUAUCAGUUUCCCUCGACUCACCUCAUCAUCGCGGAUUUGUUUUUGUUUUGAUUCCCGAAAUGGUUCGAAUAAAAUGCUAUUCUGGUCUUUUGAGAAAUGGAUAUCUUUGUCUCAGUCCACGAAUCACUGAAAAACUCUCCGUGAACUUUUGUACCCAAACUACGCCGAAAUCCACAGUUGAUCAUGACGACGUCAAAAACUUAAACAGUCUCUCGCACGAAUGGUGGAACCCAAAUGGCUCUCUCAAGGCACUCCAUUCAAUGAAUGUCCUUCGUGUGCCCUUCAUUCGUGAUGGUCUCAUCAGUACCGAAGCCGUCGACAAAUCUAACCUUAAUACCGGAAAAGUAUUAAAAGACGUAAAAAUCUUAGAAGUCGGUUGUGGCGGCGGAAUUUUAACGGAACCACUUGCGAGACUUCAUGCCAAUGUCACAGGACUCGAUCCCGGCGAAGAUUUACUCGCAGUGGCAAAGGAACAUUUGGCAAAAAAUAGCAGCGAUUUGCAGUCACGAGUUACGUAUUUGGGAGAAACUGUGGAGGAUCAUGCUCAAGCAAAUGUUGGAAAAUACGACGCAAUUGUCGCUUCCGAGGUUUUGGAGCACGUCACCAACAAAGCGGCAUUCCUCGAAGCUUGUGUCUUGGCUCUGCGACCGGGCGGAUCGAUUUUUCUCACAACUCUCAAUCGCACAAACGUCUCUUGGCUCCUCGGAAUUCAAGUGGCGGAAAAUAUUUUGAGUUUGUUACCUAAAAACACGCAUCAAUGGGAGAAAUUUAUCACACCGGAAGAACUGGAACGUCUUUUAAAGGACAAUAAUUGCAGUGUUUCCCUCACUCACGGCAUGACUUAUGAAUUUUGGCGAAAUACUUGGGCAUGGAGUGAAUGCAUGGACAUCAAUUUUGCCAUGCACGCCGUUAAAGAUGAUUAAAAUUCACGUCGUAGUCAAAUAAAUUUAUUAUUACCACAUAAAC